GCUCCGGGCGGCAGGCCUGGGCGCCGCCGAAGGGAGCCUGCUCCCAGGGCGUUUGGCCGACGCGCUCCCGAACCAGUGAAGUCCUACCUGCCGACGUAGAGGGUAGAGUCCUCGGGAGAGGAGACGCAGGGGCAGGGCAGCCCCGGACCGAGACCAUGGCAAGCCCAGGGAAAGACAAUUAUCGAAUGAAGAGCUAUAAGAACAAUGCCUUAAACCCUGAGGAAAUGAGAAGAAGGAGGGAGGAAGAGGGCAUUCAGCUUCGGAAACAGAAGCGGGAACAGCAACUUUUUAAAAGGAGAAAUGUGGAGCUGAUUAAUGAAGAAGCUGCCAUGUUUGAUAGUCUGCUGAUGGAUUCCUACGUGAGCUCUACAACUGGGGAGAGUGUGAUCACAAGAGAGAUGGUGGAGAUGCUCUUUUCUGAUGAUUCUGACUUGCAGUUAGCAACCACACAGAAAUUCCGGAAACUCCUCUCCAAAGAGCCAAGUCCUCCAAUAGAUGAAGUUAUUAACACUCCAGGAGUAGUUGAUCGCUUUGUGGAGUUUCUGAAGAGGAAUGAGAAUUGUACAUUACAGUUUGAAGCUGCCUGGGCUCUCACAAACAUUGCCUCUGGAACCUCUCAGCAGACCAAAAUUGUCAUUGAAGCAGGAGCUGUCCCUAUUUUUAUAGAGCUGCUUAACUCAGACUUUGAAGAUGUACAAGAACAGGCAGUCUGGGCUCUGGGAAACAUAGCUGGAGACAGUUCGGUUUGCAGAGAUUACGUCUUGAAUUGUUCCAUCCUUAACCCUUUGUUAACACUCCUUACUAAGUCCACCAGACUGACAAUGACACGGAAUGCAGUCUGGGCCCUGUCAAACCUCUGCCGAGGAAAGAACCCUCCUCCAGAAUUUGCAAAGGUCUCUCCUUGUCUGCCUGUAUUGUCCCGCCUACUCUUCAGCAGUGACUCAGACUUGCUGGCAGAUGCUUGCUGGGCCCUCUCUUACCUGUCCGAUGGCCCCAAUGAGAAGAUCCAGGCAGUCAUAGACUCUGGAGUCUGCCGGAGAUUGGUAGAACUUCUGAUGCACAAUGACUACAAAGUGGCGUCUCCUGCCUUGAGGGCUGUGGGUAAUAUUGUCACUGGGGAUGACAUCCAGACCCAGGUCAUUCUUAACUGUUCAGCCCUCCCUUGCCUCCUCCACCUGCUGAGCAGCUCUAAGGAGUCAAUCCGGAAGGAAGCUUGCUGGACCAUUUCAAACAUCACUGCUGGCAACAGGGCUCAAAUACAGGCCGUCAUAGAUGCAAACAUCUUCCCUGUGUUGAUCGAAAUCCUUCAGAAAGCAGAGUUCCGAACAAGGAAAGAAGCAGCCUGGGCUAUCACCAAUGCCACAUCAGGAGGAACCCCUGAGCAAAUUAGGUACCUGGUGUCACUGGGCUGCAUCAAACCCCUGUGUGACUUGCUGACUGUAAUGGAUUCAAAGAUUGUGCAAGUGGCCCUCAAUGGACUGGAGAACAUCCUGCGGCUUGGGGAGCAAGAGGGCAAGCGCAGCGGCUCAGGGGUCAACCCCUACUGCGGCCUCAUCGAGGAAGCCUAUGGCUUGGAUAAAAUUGAAUUUCUCCAGAGCCAUGAGAACCAGGAAAUCUACCAGAAGGCCUUUGACCUCAUUGAGCAUUACUUCGGUGUAGAAGAUGACGACAGCAGCCUGGCUCCCCAGGUGGAUGAAACGCAACAGCAGUUCAUCUUCCAGCAGCCUGAGGCCCCCAUGGAGGGCUUCCAGCUAUAAUGUCAGCCUCCGGGGAGGGGAGGGCAUGGGAAGCACCACCAGCCAGCGGAGGAGCAGCCUUCUGGUGGGCAGGAAACAGCUGCCCCGCCAGCAGCCACCACACACCUGCUGCCCUGGAGACUGUGCUCUUGACCUGCUCGUCUCCUUCCCUGGAGGGAGCACCCUCUGGACAGACAGAACCAUACAAGGCUCACGUUGGGUUUUGUGGCAAGAAGGGGACGUGUGGGUUUUUCUUCCUUACACUUUAUUUUGGCUGCACACAUGUCUUUAACCCAGGAGCCCAGGGGUGGACAAAGGAGGACUGAGGUAAUCAAUUUGCACCUUUAAAUUUUUUUUUCUUUUAUUUUCUUUAGUGGUGACUUCCUUCCCAGUUAUCUUUCUUCAUCCAUCCCAGUUCUCUGCCCUGCUGUGUAUAACUCUUGGGUACUUGAGCAGAUGGAAUACUCCAGAGGUGGGAGUGGGGAGGGGAGGGGGGAGGCCGAAACAAAGUGUUCUUGCUCUGACCGAACACUAAUCUUGUGCGCUUGGAUUAUUUAAUUUUUCUUUUGCACAUUUUUCUUGUAUUAAGGUUGCUCUUCCCAAAAGGCUGGUUUUAGGAACCCAGCUGCCAGCAUUGUCUGGAAACAGAGGCUAAUGGAGAGGCCCCAUGAGACAAAGGUCCCUCCCUCCUCUGACCCUAUGCCUAAGACCUCUUUAGUUUGGGAGGCCCAUGUCACUCUCCUGGAGCAAUUAUACCAGUGGGAGUGGAAGGGAGGAGCACAGGCCUUUAGACAGGGCUUCCCCUGUGUAGCUACUGACCCUGUUUCCUCUCCACCUCCUAAAUGGUGCGACCCAACUUCAUUUGUUUACUUGAAAAUUCACCUCAGAGUCGAAUGAACCUCUGAGGUGGCUGUGUUUUCUCCUGAGCUCGAGAUGGGGGGCUGUGGUCCUUCCUUCUCCUGAGGAGAAAGUCCUUGCUCUGAUGACCCAUAAGUUGCAGAGGAGGUUGGAGUUAGUGUCGUGUAUUGGGAUAGUCAUGAAUCCCUGCCUUUGGCCUUUCUUCUUCCUUCUGCCAUAGUUGGAUCAUGUGUAUUUUACUUCCAAAGGAGAGAAUGUCAAAAAGUUGUGUAUUUUUUUUUUAUAGUCUAUAUUUUAAGUAGGUCAGUCUUAAUUGGUCUUGGGAGGACAAACUGUCUGUGAGUGGGAUACUGUGAGGAAGAUCAGAGAGAGACAUAGAAGCUUCCAGCUCGGAGGACUGAACUCUGUCCUUCUCCACUUGUAUUCUGAGCCCCCUCUUGGGACCAGCUCUCACCUCUGGAGCCUUUAUGAAGUAAAUCAGCUGGGUCUGAUUAUCCCCAACCUGAAGGGAGCAAGGGGGGCCUCAGGGCCCAGUGAAGUCUGCUGCUGUGGUCCUUGCUUCUGAGCAAAAAGUAGCCUGCCUUCCCUAACUCAGUGUCAGUCGCUGUUACCCAUAUAAGUCACGACACACCAGCCCCCUGUUGUCAGGGAACCUUAGUGACCUGGAUACUUUGAUAAGAGCUCUCGGCAUCUCCCUCCUGAGCAUCCUUGUAUCUGGCUUGGGUUUCCUUUUCUUGUGACAGUUAUACAGCUGCCUUUCUUUCUGUCUGGGUAAAGCUAGUUCAAUGCCUCGGAGCCUGGCCUAUGUUUAGUGGGUUCCACAUUACACUAAAGCCAAGCUCUGGGAGCUGGAGUGGGGUGCAUUGUCAGCUAGGUAGACCACCUGUGGAGCUGGCAGCACAGUGCCCCGGGGUGGUGAAGCAGACAUGUCCCACUCUUGUCUACACUUUUCUUUCUCCAGAAAUAGCAUCCUUACUCCUGUUCCCACAGAUCUCCCUUUGCCUCAGAGGAAACCUGUGUCCCACACUUGCAGAUCUAAAACUCAGGUUCCAUCUGCCGUCUCUCCUUUAGUGUUGAGGCCCCCCUGCUCCAGAUUCCAUCUCUAAGAAAGGUAAUUCAGGGUUGUCAGCUGAUACUGAAAACUUCACCAACACUGGACCAUGCUGGCCAGUCAAAUCCUAUUUAUUCACCCUCUGGCCUUCUGGGAAGGCAAGGGGCAGGGCCUUUUCUACCUGGCUUACAAACUAUGCUCCUAGUUCAACGAAAGGUCCUGCAUGACACCAUCACCACCCUUGUCGGAAGAGUAGAACAAUGCAGUGGGAUCUACUCUGACCAUCUCAAGCGACAGUUAAGGCCCUGACACAGGAGCCAGGUUCUCAGCAUGAAACAUAAACGUCCUGCUUUCCCCACCCUCUCCAGUAUCUCUGUCUUCAGACCCGAAUCCUGUAUCACAUGGAAGAAGUUGGUUGGUUGGCUGCUCUAGCAUUCCACACCAAGAUCAGCUUUAGUGACUGCCAGCCUGGUCUGAGACACUGGCUUCAGUUUCUGGCUCCCCCCCAGUGACUACAGGCCUUGAUGUUGGUUGCAGUCUUUUGGUGUAACCACCUGAAUCCUGGUCUGCUUGGCACCAAGGAGCAGGUGUUGGUGAUCUGUUUUUGGAGACCUUUGGUGUUCCCCUUUACCUGGGACUUUGUCCCUACUCUUGCUCCCUUCUGCGCCUGGAAGUCAUCUCCCAGCAGCCUGUGUUCUAAAGCUAACCACAGGUUAUAGCUGCUGUUGUACCGAGCUGAGGGAGAGGCUCCUUACACAUGGGCUUUCUAUUUCUCUGCAACCAAUAAAAGACACACUUCCUGCGUGGAGGAGCUGUGUCUGCUUCUCUGCCUGUAGACCUAGCAGUUCCACCCUCCCACAUCCUUCUUUGAAGGCCUCUGCUCUCUCUGUUCAGACCUCAUCUCUUCUCCAGGCUCACUGGUAACCAUCCUCUUCAGUAGUCUUCAGGCUCAGAUGCUAACUUCUCAAAGGCAAAAAAACGAGCUUCUCCAGGUCCCUCCAAAACCAGGAGGGAGACAGGAUGGUGGCAGGCUUCCCUAGCAGGCUGGGGAAGGGUGCAAGGCUCAGUGUGCUGAGCCAUAGGAGCGUCUGAGCAGUGGCAGCCUCAAGUGGCACUUCUCAGCGAGUGGGAAGAGACAGACUUCUGGCACACUCUAGACCAACCUCAUCCAGUAUUUUGUUCUGUUUAAUUUUUUGUAUUCUUUUGUUAAGCAACAAAAAGAGAAUUUGCCCCUCUAAGGAUCCAUAGGGUGGAUACUAGCUGCUCUUUGGCCAAAGGCCUUCAAAACUGAUUCAAUCUCCCCGUCUAUCCCUUAGUUCCACUCCAGAAUAUGACAUGCAUGGCAAGGGAAGAAUCUAAGGUCAACUCCAACUGAAUCUGAAUGAAAACUUAACUUUCCUUUUGAGAGAGCAUCUUGUUUGAAGCCUGAUGUAUGUGUAGGACCAAAGCUGGCUGUGAGAAAAGCAGCCAUAAAUUGGGAAACCUGAACACCAGGGGGAAAGACUGUGUGAUGGGCCUUCAAGGCCUUGGGCUCACCUACCUGCUUCUAGGCCAGGCUGACUUCUCAUGCUCACACUCCUACUUACUGGUGCCCACUAGCCCUGUACUCCUGUGGGUCUGGUUUUAGUGUUUAGGUGGAGGGAAGAAAGUGAUACAGCAUGUGCAGGGAGCUGUGAAGGAAGUCUGACACUGCCUGGAACCCUGUGUCAGGGAUUUGCACCAUGAACCCUCAAGCUGGAGGGUUAUUGGCUUUUUUUUUUAGCCAGCUUUUUUGGGAAAUGCCUUUUUUUGACCUAUUAAAUAAAUGAAGUGGGUGCAGCUACCCAGCAGACAGAACAUCGCCCAAGGACAGCUUGGGUUUCCAGGUAAGAACCCUAGAAAGGUGAAUUUAAUCCUCACAGGUUUUGCUUUCCAAAUUCAUUUGCUUUUAUUUUUCUAAGAACUGUAAACUCUAUUUUUUCAUGUUCUCAGGGCCCCUGGGUAGACAAACAAAGCUUGAUUUCAGAGCAGAAAAGGCCAAGAAACCAUGGCAUUGAGUGUGCUGAGUCCAGACAAAUGAUAUUUAUAUACACAUCCAAAUUUGAAGAGAAAAUGUAUUUCUUUAGGUUACAAACACUGUAAUAGAUACAAAGCAAAAAUAAAAACCUGUUGCAAAGUUCUAAA